GGUAGGCUGACAAAGUUGUUCCUGGUUGAAGUAGGAUUGAAGCAUGCUCAGAAAUUUCCCUGCAUUCAAAAUAAAGAGAACAUAAAAAAUAACAAAAUGGCUUCAAAGAAAAAAGCGGAUUUAGAAAAGCAACAGAGGCGUGCAUUGAUGCGUUUCCGUUUCCGUAGUCUGGUUCGUGCCGUAAUAGCCAAUAACUUCUGGUUGUCGGAGCUCGAAGAUCAGGAACUCGGGGAUAAUGCCCGGCGUAAUAUUGCUAUCAUUGUGCGACGGAAGGGUCGAAAAGGAUUGCUCACUAUUUUCGAUAAAAUGAUUUUGAACCAACCUGCGUCAAGUCGAACCGCAGAGCAGACAGACAAACUGGCGGAAGUGUUCCGCCGGUUGGAAUGUUUGUCCCGCUUUCCGAUGGAAACCCGAGAAAAGUUGGCUAAUUGCGCCGGUUAUCGGUAUUACAAUGCCGGACGAACUGUGCUGCGUGAAGGAAACCUACCCAUUUCGGUUUAUUUUGUGUUGAAUGGGGAAAUCACCGUUAGCCGACUGCAAUGGGAUCCGGUUUAUAAGCAGCAUGUCGAUGUACCGUGCGGCGUUCGUGUGCCGGGUGAAAUGUUUGGCGAUAUUGCGUUUCUGUAUGAUUGUCCACGAACCGCAACCUGCACCACAGCGACCGACUGUGAACUGCUUUGCGUUUCCGGGGAGGACUUUUUACGGUUGAUAGAACCAACCCUGCGGCUGCAAUGGAACCAGAUGCAGGAGGCGAUCCGCCGCUUCCAGUACUUUGACCACUGGACCGAGGAUCAGAUUCGCGAGUGCUGCAUCCUGGCCAAGGUGGCCCACUACGAACCUCAGCAACAGAUUGCCGUGCCCGGAACGGGAGGUGACCUGGAAUACGCGUACUUUGUCCUCAGUGGUCAGUGCAUGGUACUGCAGGGCUUGAAAAUGCUUAAGAAGAUGCGCGGGAAAAGGCAGUGCUUUCACCUUCUACCGGCGGAAUCCGAUGAUCGGUUACUGCAUAUAGCCGAGCGACUAAUGAAGCGAAAAAAUUCGGAUGUUUUGGAAACGGUGCUGUCACCUACCUUGAGGCAGUCUUUGUCUCGGCUAAGUUUAGUACCGAGUGACCGUUGCGAGGACCAUGACGAUGAGGUAGAAGCAAGCUUUUCGCAGACAAAAUCCCCAGAAGAACAGCUGGAGCACCACUUCCUCGACGUUGGAACGUACAGCUGUGGUUCGGUGUUCGGUCUCGGGGAGCGCAUGCAAGAUCGAUCGAUCGUGGCCCGCAACCAUGUCCAGUGUAUGCUGAUCCCUCGCUAUUGGCUCUUCAUGAAACACCAGAACACCGGCAACGUUUGGCAGCGGAUCAAGAUGUAUCUGGAUUUGGCGAUCCCCAGCCGAGAGCAGCUGUUUCGGAAGUUUUUGGACGACAUAAAUUGGAUGGCCUAUCGGAAGAAGGUUGUGGAUGAGAUAAUGCAGCGGGGAGGUCGCCAGAACCGUACCCGACUGGGUGAUGUGCCGAUUGUGUGCCGGGUCGAGCAGUCCGACGUUGGCCGUUGCGAAUGAUGUUUUCAGUGAAAAUUAUGCAAGUGAUUGAUUGUUGAACACUAGAAAAAGAAACAAAUUGGAAAAAAUAAAAUAUGUAAAC